AGCAACUUGACUGAAUAAAAGUCUGAUUGAUACGUCAAAUUCGUACUAUAGUCUGUAUGGUGUACAACGCCUGUUUCGUCGACCAGACUGGACUCCAUUAUCUUGAAGUUGAUGUCAUCUAAAUACUCAGAGCUUCGUUUCCUGGGAGCCGGUGCUUUUGGUUCCGUUUAUCUCGUGAAGAAGAAAAAUGGAUCGGAAUUCGCCCUCAAGAAAAUCAGCUUGGGGACCAAAAAAUCAGAGACUAGCGCAAUCAAAGAAUUGGAGGCGUUUGCCAAAAUUACAUGCCACGACCACAUUGUGAAGUUUUACGAUGGAUAUUUGGACCAACAACAACUAUGCUUGGUGAUGGAGUUCUGUGAUGGCGGGAAUUUGGAGGAGUAUCUUUUGCAGAGACCGUGUAAUCGACACAUUCAUUCACGUUUCAUGAUUCAGCUCGCUGAUGCUGUUCAUUUUCUUCAUAACAACGAGAUUGUACAUAGAGAUUUGAAACCAGACAAUGUGUUGGUGUGUCGACGAAGUGAUGGGCUGGAUGUUAUCAAAGUUUCGGAUUUCGGUAUUUCAAAAAUAGUUGAUAUUGACCAAAGAGUUGUUAUUUCCUCCGUAAACAAAGAUGUGAACUUUUUGAAAUGUUCAAAUAACCAAUUAUAUGGUAACUAUGGCGCGGGGACGGAAGCUUUCAUUGCACCGGAGGUUUAUGAAAGCCAUUAUACCAGUAAAAUUGACAUAUUUUCGUUAGGUGUGAUUUAUCUCGCUAUGCUUGAACGAGAGAUUGAACCGUUCUCAUUCCAAGCAAAAUGGCUUGGAGCGUUAUUUUAUUAUGAUCCAUUUGCCAUGCAUCGUAAUAAUAUUGACACCCCUUACAUCGGCAAGGUCAUGUUUCAGAACCCCCAAGCUACCCGAGCUCUUGACUACAGAGUCUCGGUCAGUUCGCCUAUCAGGAACGUAAUCAACAGAAUGAUUCUCCGGGACUAUCACAGGAGACCUACAGCGGAACAAGUGUAUAUACUAACAAAGGAGUAUUUUCAGUGUUUGAGAAAUGACGACAAUUCGAAGAGGAAAUGUUCCGAUGUUAAAAUUAAUCCCAUCUCAAUCAACAGUGAUGAGAAGCGCCACCAAGCGCGUACGCACAGAAAGGUGUCAGUGCCCGAUUGCAUUGUGCCGAUAUCACCAGGUAAUAGGGACACAUCAUAUUGA